ACUUGAACGCUUGAACGCACUUCACUCGACGUUAGACAUCCCCUUGCAAUCUCAUGACGGACAGCGCAGGUCCAUCCACACCAUCCCGAAAGCGCUCUCGCUGGGACACUGAAGACGAGACUGCCCAGCUCGAGCAAGUGCACCAGCCCCUCAAGCGUCGGUCGAAGACAAGAUCAGCGAAGGUAUCGCCCGCACCGGAGCAGCUCUCUGCAGGUACACCUGUCGGGCCACGACGAGCAGCACCAGCGCACCAGCGACCACCGCAUAGCAUCUACGUACCUCCUCGGACAUUGCACCCACCGCUGAUGCCGUCUCGCUCGGUGUAUUGCUACGAGAGGCUCAACUCGAUCGAGGAGGGCUCGUAUGGCGUCGUCUUCCGUGCGAGGGACAAGGAGACAGGAGACAUUGUAGCUCUGAAGAAGCUCAAGCUGGAUGAGGAAAAGAACGGGUUCCCGAUCACCGCCUUGCGGGAAAUCAACUCGCUCAUGGUGUGCAAGCACGAGAACGUGGUGGGGAUACGAGAAGUGGUGGUGGGAGAUACAUUGACACAGGUUUUCAUCGUGAUGGACUUUAUUGAGCACGACCUCAAGACGCUCCUCACCACGAUGCCUGCGCCCUUCCUGCAAUCCGAAAUCAAGACUCUGUUGCUACAGCUGCUCUCUGCAGUUGCCCACUGCCACGAGCGUUGGAUCCUCCAUCGAGACCUGAAGACGAGCAACCUGCUCAUGAACAACCGUGGCACCAUCAAGGUCGCCGACUUUGGGCUCGCCCGCCGCUACGGAGACCCAGUCGGCGUCGGGGGCCUGACGCAGCUCGUCGUGACACUCUGGUACCGCGCGCCCGAGAUCCUCCUCGGUGCCACGACGUACUCCACGGCCAUCGACAUGUGGUCCGUGGGGUGCAUCUUUGCUGAACUGCUUCUGAAGGAGCCGCUCUUCCAGGCGAAGGGCGAGAUCGAGCUGCUGUCGAUGGUCUUCAAGCUCCUCGGGCCGCCGACGACGCAUUCGUGGCCGGACUACCACACCCUCCCGCUCGCGAAGUCGAUCACGCUGCCGCCGCCACAGCCGCCGCAGCUGCGCCAGAAGUUCCAGUACAUCACUGCGGCGGGCAUCGACCUGAUGUCGCGCUUGUUGACGUACGACCCGGAGAUGCGGAUAUCUGCCGUGGACGCGCUGAAGCAUCCGUACUUCAGUGAGUCUCCAUUCCCGAAGCACCCUGAUCUCUUCAGCUCGUUCCCAUCCGCUGCCGCUGGAGAGAAGCGCCGCAAGCCUUACGAAAGUCCAUCGGCUCCCGUUCGCGCGGCGGACUAUAAGUUACUUACGGAAGUCGACCCAUAACACUCGCUCGUCCGUUUGUAACUUAGCAGGCUUGAUUCGGGUAGCGGUUAUAUGAAGUGUUUGAAUACAUCUCCA